CAAUGACAUGUUCAUCCGCAUCUCCACCCGCCUGCCCUCCACAUAUAUCUAUGGCUUUGGGGAGACUGAGCACACAACCUUCAAGAUAGACUUGAACUGGCACACCUGGGGCAUGUUUUCCAGGGACGAGCCCCCAGGGUACAAGAAGAAUUCCUAUGGUGUCCACCCUUACUACAUGGGGCUAGAGGAGGAUGGCAAUGCCCAUGGAGUCCUCCUGAUGAACAGCAAUGCCAUGGAUGUGACAUUCCAGCCCCUGCCUGCCCUAACAUACAGGACCACAGGGGGCAUUCUGGACUUCUUUGUGUUCUUGGGCCCAACUCCAGAGCUGGUCACUCAGCAAUACACAGAGUUGAUUGGUCGGCCUGUGAUGGUACCUUACUGGUCCCUGGGAUUCCAGCUGUGUCGCUAUGGAUAUGAGAAUGAUUCUGAGAUCUCCAGCUUGUAUGAUGAUAUGGUGGCUAAGCAGAUCCCCUAUGACGUGCAGUACUCAGACAUCGACUACAUGGAGAGGCA